AUGUCUUCCUCUCCGUCACCAACCCCCAACGACCUCCUCCAUCAAGCCUUACCGCCACCAAAGAUCGGCCUCGUAAUCUGCUCGCAACGGCAACCACGGAUCGGGAACCAAAUCGGCACAUUCAUCUUCAAUAACCUCAAGCAAUACCAACAAUCCACUCAGCAUACAUCACCAAACUCUCUACCUUAUGAACUCUCCCUCAUUGAUCUAACAGACCAUCCGCUCCCCUUCUUCAAUGAACCUGGGAUCCCACAGCUCAUCACUGAUCCCUUGGACUACACCCACGAACACACCCGCGCCUGGUCCAAAGUCAUCACAUCCCAUGGAGCAUUCAUCUUCGUGACACCCCAAUACAACUGGGGUUACCCCGCCAAUCUCAAGAACGCGAUCGACUACCUCUUCAACGAAUGGGUGGGGAAACCGGCCAUGGUCGUGUCAUAUGGCGGCCACGGGGGCGGGCAGAGUGCCGGGCAGUUGAAACAAGUCCUUGGAGCUGUUCGGAUGAAGGUCGUGCAGAAAAGCGUCGGGUUGACUUUUCCGGGCCCAGGCAGAGAAUUCCUUGCCAAGGCAGCCAGGGGGGAUGACUUGGGGCUGGUCCCGGGUGAAGGGCUGUUGUGGGCGAAGGAGGUGGAGGAGGUGAAAGAGGUCUUUGACGAAUUGCUGAAGAUAUUACAUGAAAAAUGA